CCCCUGCCCGUUGCCAUGGCCGUCGCCACGGCCGUCGGGGACCCCUCGCGCCGGUUGGGCCCCGGCAGCGAGGCGGCGGGCGGCACCACUGCCGGGCGGCGGCGGCCAUUGGCUGUCGCUAUGCGGGGCCGGCGGGCUCCCGUCCCCUCCUCUCCCCUCCUCUCCUCUCCCACCGCCGCGGUGUGGGAGCGCCGUGGAGAAGGAGAAGAAGGAGGAGGAGGAGGAAGAGGAGGAGGAGAGGCAGCGGAGCGGAGCGGGCCGGCCGCCCGCCCCCAGGCGCCCCCCGGCCGGGCCGCCUCCCUCUCUCCUUCUCUCUCUCCCUCCCCUCAGAGCGGCGGCGAGAUGGCGGCGGGCAGCAGACAAGCCAUCGUCUGGCGCAACGUGGUGCUGAUGGGGCUGCUGCACCUGGGCGCCGUGUACGCGCUCAGCCUGGUGCCGCGGGCGCAGCUGCUCACCCUGAUGUGGGCAUAUUUGUGUUUCCUGAUGACAGCCUUGGGCGUGACGGCUGGUGCACAUCGCUUGUGGAGCCACCGUUCCUACACAGCCAAGCUGCCUCUGCGGAUCUUCCUGGCUGUAGCUAACUCCAUGGCCUUCCAGAAUGACAUCUACGAGUGGAGCCGAGACCACCGCGUGCACCACAAGUACUCGGAGACAGAUGCGGACCCACACAAUGCCCGCCGUGGCUUCUUCUUCGCCCACAUCGGCUGGCUGUUUGUGCGCAAGCACAAAGACGUGAUAGAAAAGGGAAGAAAGCUGGAUUUCACUGACCUGCUGGAUGACCCCGUUGUCAGAUUCCAAAGAAAGUACUACAAGAGUUCUGUCGUGCUCAUGUGCUUUGUGAUCCCCACCGUUGUGCCGUGGUACCUCUGGGGAGAGAGUCUGUGGAAUGCCUACUUCCUCGCCUCCAUCCUCCGCUACACGAUCUCCCUCAACGUCAGCUGGCUGGUCAACAGCGCCGCUCACAUGUACGGCAACCGCCCUUAUGACAAGAACAUCAGCCCCAGGCAGAACACCUUCGUCAAUCUGGGAGCCAUUGGUGAGGGUUUCCACAAUUACCACCACACCUUCCCCUUUGACUACUCAGCCAGCGAGCUGGGCCUGAAGUUCAACCCCACCACCUGGUUCAUUGAUUUCAUGUUUUGGUUGGGGUUGGUCACCGACCGGAAACAGGCUCCAAAGGAGAUGAUCCAGGCGCGCAAGGAAAGGACUGGAGAUGGCAGUGCUUGAAGAGCAACGCUUCUCCGUGCGUCAGCACCGUCGCACACUGCUCGGAGUUAUUUUCCUCUGGGUAAAAUUAGUUUUUUUCAGUUGGGCUGAAUUUAUUCCACAGGAACAGAUUCAGCUGCAGCUUUUCUUCCUUAUUAGCUGUCUUAUGUCCAAACUUCAGACUAUUAAAUGUCAAAAUGUUCUAUAUUACUUAAUAGUAGAGUUAAACUAAUUUUAGUCACUGUAGAUGAUGUCUGAAAUACGUUGUAAUUUGCUUGUUCAUGGUUAAACGUGGCAGUUUGGAGGAACUAAUUAUCCUUUCAAAGUGCAGCUAGGGGAGAAUUUGUUUCUACUAUUAAUCAAACAUGCUUUUGAGACAUGUUUCUUGGAGGGGACGGGGCAGGACAGGGCACAAAUUGCUGUUUCAGCUACAAACCGAUGGUAAGGAACAGGAAGAGCACCAAGAAAAACAGGAUGUCAAAGGGGAGAAAUCAGCCUAAAAUUAGUUGGCUGUUAGCUUGAAAAUCUGCUUUCUUCUUUUCGUUAGCCCUGUUAGCCAAACCAACGCGCCGCUGUCUUUGCUAAAUAUGAAAACCAUUUGCUGCUGAGCAGGCUUUUGUGUUGAAAAUACAGGCCAAAAUACAAACUGAUGCUAUGUUGAGAUGAUUCCUUUGUUGUUGCAUACACAUUGUAAUUCGUAAAGAUAUAGAGCUCAACAGUGUCUUAAGCCAAAUGAAGCUUCAGUUUUGAUGUUUGGAGACCUGAGUUAUAUUCUGAUCAAUCAUGGCCAUCAAUGCAUGCAUAUUUUAGCUCCUUUUGCACAAGAGGCCGCUAACAUUUUUUUUCUGCCUUUGACUUGUGGGUCUUUGAAAACUGACCUUUAUCGAAGUCAGAGCCUCUGCUAAUAUUUCAGCUGCAUGCAACAUCCAUUGGUUUCUGAGCAAAAUAUAAAGACAGUUAUGUAGCUUCUGAUCUUAACGGUUGCCUUGUUUAAAAAGGAAAAAAAAAAAGGAAAAAAAAAGAAAAAAAAAAAAAGCAUGCGGAGUUAAUGGGACAUACAGCCCUUUGUGUUAGAUGUUAGCCAGUGCAGGAGAAAGGCUUCAUAGUGUCAGCACUGGAGCACUUUUGAAGAUAGAGGGCAUGAUUCUCAUUUAUAAAGCAGGCCGCUGCCGUACGCCUCGACAGGGGGUGCUCUUGAGGGGUGCUCGUUUCAGGCUGCUCGGCCCCAGGCCUGGAGCAAGGCAGUGGCUCGGGAUAGGUGAGACUCAGCCCAGAUAUUUUCAGGAAAGAUGUAGAGUUUAAAAAAAAAAACAAACAACACAGUUAAGAAUCAAUUCUUUUUUUUCUUGUUUCUUGUUUUUCAAAUGUUGCCAUAUAAUAUAAGAGUUGUCUUUACUCUGUAUUCCAUCCAGCAGGUGUUUUAACAGUGUUAAUUUGCCAUUAAUGAUGUUAAACUCUUGAGUGUUUUACAAUAAACAGUUAUGAAUUAGA